UUGAUAUACCCUUUUUCUUUGAAGGAAUAGGAGUUCAAAUAGAGUUUGGUCUUUCAUGGCUGUAAAUGCCAGCUACAGGGAGACUGAAGACAUGGGACUGCCAGUCGAUCCUGAUAACCGAGAUGUUUGAGGCCACUGAUCGUUAUUUUGUUGUUAGUGGCAAUUUUAAGUUUAUACUGUGCUUUGAGAUUCCUAAUGGCUCCAUUAAGCUCUUUAAUAGUUCACGUAAGAGUGCUUUUAAGGAAAUAGAAGAUCCAGAGGAGGAAGAUACUUUACAAGAAGAGUAAGAAGGAGAAAUAAGACAAGCAGACGGGGAAGAAGCUGUUGGUGACAUCAUAUAAGCCUCCAGAGCACAGCUCUUUGAAAAGAAAAUAUAGCAAUACCGGCAACAGACUGGAAACAGCUUUCCUCUCACUUUUUAUUGUUGGACUGCUGUUCGGCAAUGCCAGAAACAGUGACUGUAUUUGGUGCAGAUCGUGAAGAGGGGAACAGUGUGGCAGUUUUCCUGUUGCAGGAUGGGAUGUGGAAAGUGAGAGCCUGUGUAGCUGAUCUCAGCAGCCCUCAUGCCAAAGUAUUGGAGUCUGCAGGUGCUGACAUUAUCACUGUUAAUUAUGAUGACGAAUCCAGCAUUGACAUCGCACUCAAGGACUCAGACAAGUGUUUUGUGCUCACCAACACUGACUUCCUAGCACCAGAUCCUUUACAGACAGAAAUCAAGCAAGGUUACCGAAUAGCUGAUUCAUGCAUGAAACAUAAGAUCAAGCAUGUCGUAAUUUCAGGACAUCCGCAUGUUCACAGACGUUAUGGGUUUCCUGCAAGACACAUGGAUGCCAAAGCCUGCAUCAAUGAUUACAUGGCUGAGUUGGGACUGCCAAAGACAGAAGUGAUAUUUCCUUUCUUCUUUGAGAACUUUCUGACAACCUUCAGACCAGUAUUGAUUGGGCACAACACAUAUCAAAUGGCUGUUCCAGUGGGAGAGACUGCCAUGGAUGCUAUAAGCGUGAAGCAGGUUGGUCCAAUCGUUGUUUCUUUACUUAAGAACUCACAACGCUGGAUUGGCAAGAGCUGCUGUUUAUCUGCUGGUAAGCUGAGAAUAGAUGAAUAUGCAACUAUUCUGACACAACACCUGCGGCCAAAAUACUUCAAGGAUGCGAGGAUUUCUGUCCGCACUUUUGUGGAGACAAAUGGGGAACCUGGAGCACAGGACAUGGGAAAUAUGUUUGAAUUCUGGAAGAAAGGGUCACAAAAGAUGAAUGCAGCUCUCACUCUUGAGCUGUACCCUGGGAUUAAGCAAUUCAGCCAGUGGGUUUCAGCAAACAAGGAACAGAUACAGAGUGUCCUCGACAGCUAGUACAUUAGUCACUGCAAAUGUGUGUGCGAGUGUGAGUUAUUAAAUGUCAUAUCCAGAUUAUUAUCAAAAAUACACUCUGCAGCAUCUGGAAUACUAAAGUGAUACACUUACAUGCAUACAUACAUAAGUAUACAUUGACACACACACAUACACGUGCACGCGCACACAGACAAAAAUUUGAUAUAUAUGAUUCCUCAUUUAUUUACUGUCAUAUUACAGAUAGUUACUUUAGAAUUUACAUUAACUGCCUUUGUUUUUUAUUUAUUUAAAAGUUGAACAAGUCAAUAACUUGCUUAGUCUCACUAUCAGAUUUUAUUUUGUUUUUAUUUCAUUAGAUAGAGAGAGAGACAGACAGACAUACAGGUGUCAUGCAUUUGUGUAUCCAACUAAGGUAUAAAUCCUAUUUUGGUGUGCAGUCAGACAGCAUCAGAUGUCUCCAAGCUAAAACAGAGUAGAAUUUCAAAGUUAACUGUGGAUAUUUAACUAGAGUGGAGAAAAACAACCUAGUUAAGGAUCGCCUUAAAAAGGAGCAAAGUGAGUAUACACAGAAAGAAAGAGUCAUCACAACUUUCAGGAUGAAACAUCACAUAUCUUCACUCACCUCUGUGAAAAAUAAGUAAAUAAUCUAUGUAUUUAUUAUUAAUUCAACAGUAAAGGUCACUGUAUGCAUGUACAAUGUGCAACUUAUAGCAUAAAUUGUUAAAGUGUUGAAAACCGUAUAAAAUAAAAUAGUUCUUAGCUACA